CUCUGGUCACGGCUCCUCUGUCCACGCCUGCGCCUCCUGCUUCCAGGCCAUGGCGCCUGCAGGGGCUACCUGGGCUCCCGGCUUGUGGCGGGCCUGCAACGCGCUCAUGGCAGCCUUCUUCUCUCUGGCCGCCGUGGUGCAGGUGAACGAUCCAGAUGCAGAGUUGUGGGUGGUGAUGUACAUGAUCCCUGCAGUACUUACCCUGCUUGUUGGUUUUAAUCCUCUUGUCACAGGCAAUUUCAUCUGGAAGAGUGUGUCUGCGAUACACAUGCUGUUUUGCACGCUGUGGGCUGGUGGCUUGGCGUACCACUUCUUGCUCCAUGCACAGCAGAGCAUCCUAAAUGAGGAAGAAGGCAGGGAGCUGUCUGGCCUGGUGAUAAUCACAGCAUGGAUGGCACUGUGUCACAGCUCAGCAAAGAAUCCAGUUGGUGGAAGAAUGCACUUGGCUAUUGCUGUUGGGAUCACUCUUCUCCCACUCAUUUCAUGGGUUUAUGUAUACAUAAACAAGGAGAUGCGGUCCUCCUGGCCGACUCACUGCAAGACAGUCAUUUAGAUGAAUUCAAUG